CUGGGCCAGCAAACAUCGCUCCUUUAAAGUUGAUCUCGGGCAACUAGGAAGUUAUACAAGUAAAGAUAAAUUAUUGCUCAUCCACCUCAUAAUAAAGCCCUAAUCGGUUAGAUUUCAGAUCCGGCGUGCCUCGGAAUCGGCGAAACCAUUUUCUGAUAAUCAAAGUGAUCAGUGAUCACCAUACUUAAUAAUUUCUGAAAAGAACCUCGGCAUCUUCUCCGCGUUCCGCCCGUGGGGGAAAAUGCGCUUAAUCGCGGUCGAACCAACUUCACAUGAGAGAGAUGACCAUCAUUAUCUAUUUAGCAGCUGUUUGAAUCGAAAGCGUUUACUGAUCAGGUGUUGAAAUUCGUACAGCGAUAUCUAUUUCGAGAUUUCACUGUGUUGGACACAUCAUGACCGCGGUCAUCAAUUGUUACGUUGACUGCGUGUCUCCGUAUUCUUUUGUUGCAGUAGUGCAUCUUCUGCGAAAUCGAGAUGUCCUGGCCAGUCACGACGUUAAGAUAGAACUACAUCCUAUCUUCUUAGGCGGUGUCAUGCAAGGUUCAGGAAACAAGCCUCCAUGGAAGCUUCCAGCUAAGGCCAGAUAUGGUGUCUAUGAGCGCCAACAAGCCACGAAGUACUUUGGGCUGCCCGAUUUCGAAGCGCCGAGCUUCUUUCCCAUCCUAUCUCUGCUGCCCCAACGAGCCAUAACAUAUAUCAAAGCUAGCUACUCAGCGGAGAAGUACGAAAAGACUCUCCUUCUUCUAUGGGACUAUCUCUUCUACCAACAUCAGGACAUCUCGCAAUCAGAGGUUCUCGCCCGUCUUCUCACAGACGAUGCGAAAUUCACGCCAUCUGAAACGGAAACGAUCCUGGCUGCUACGAGCGAGAAGAAGUGGAAAGACGCUCUUCUUGCAAAGACGCAAGAGGCUUUGGAUCAUGGGGCCUUUGGAGCGCCUUGGUUCCAGGUGAUCAACAAGAAGGGGGAGGAGUCGAUGUUCUUUGGGAGCGAUCGGUUCCAUUACAUGUGGCAGCACCUUGAGCUGCCGUUCCAGGAUCUCAAGAUUCUCCCAAAAGGACAAAGCGAUUCCAAGUUGUAAAUUAGCCGGAAUAAUAUUGCCAGCACCUAUAUUACAUAUCUAGCUAGCUAGCUGUCCAUUCAACCAAUUAUUGCUCUUGAUAAGUCCAGCCGUGUCUCUUGGAUAAA